ACAUCACAACGAAAUACUCAAUGGUGUGUAGAAUUUGAAAUGCACGAUGGUAUUGUGCACAAGUGUUUUGUCGGUGAGGUUUGUGUGUGAAUGGUGCUGUUAAAAAUGUGUACCCAACGGAAAAUGCUACAGUAAACUUGUGGAAAAUGAACGAAAGUGAAGAGUUACGACACGAGCUAGACCGCGUGGUUAGCGAGCGGGACCGCUUGCUAGCGGAAAGCUCUGAAUUGGGCGCGGACAAGAGUACGCGGGAAGCGGAGCGGGUGGCGUUACGUGCGGAGCUGCGGGAAGCACGCCAGCGUGAACAACGGCUACUAGUGGACAUAGGUGACCUGGAGGAUGAGAACAUCUCGCUGCAGAAGCAAGUCUCUGCUUUGAGGAGCUCUCAGGUUGAAUUUGAAGGGUUAAAACAUGAAGUUCGACAACUGCGUGAAGAAGCGGAAAACGCUCGUGCCGCCGCUGACGAGACCGCUGCUUUGCGACGUAUCGCCGAACGACAGCUGGCUGAAGCGCUGGAAGCGCUGCAAGCGGAACGCGAGGCAAAGUUCGCAGCUAAAAAAGAAUUGGACGCUCAUCUCAGUAGGGAGGCCGCCUACAAUAUCACUAAUUUGGCGUACAGUAUACGAGGUAUGCCAGAAGAUAGCACAGAGGAUGAAGGUGAACCGGGCGGUUCAAGUUCUGCGGAACUGGCGAAUGCAAUGGGUGACCAUCACGCUGAUCUCUUCUCAGAAGUACAUCUACACGAGAUAUCAAGACUCGAGAAGCAGCUUGAACAGGCGCACAACGAAAAUAGUCAAUUAUCAGCGUCGAUGCGUACAGCACAAGCGACGGCGGAGAGUGAAAGCGCAAUCGCUGCAAUAUUACGCGCUGGACUCACGCGCGCUGCAUCGCGUGUUACAGCGUUACAUGCGCUGCACGGAGAUUGCGCGCCAUUGGAAGACGAGAAGACCGAGGGAGGUAUAUCGUCGCGCGCUGGCCGCUGGCUCACCUGGUGGCGCGUGUCUGGCGGUGAGCUGGAGGCGCUCGGUGCGGCGCUCGCUGAGCUUGGGGCGGGCGCGACCGCUGCCGACGCGCCCGCCGCGGCCCUCGCGCGGCAACAGCUCGCGCAACUCAGCGACAGGCUCGCGGAGGCGGAGGUGCGCUGCGCCGCGCUGCAGGCCGACGCUGACCUGCUGCGGACGCUGGCUGGCGGUGCCGGACGUGCGUUAUCCACUGCGGCGCCAGCGCUGUCCUCAGCGGCGGAGACCCUCGCUCAGAUCUAUCAUCACGUGUGCGCCAUCAACGGAACUCAGCCGGAAAGAUUAUUACUGGAGCACGCUGGACACGCCGACGGAGGCGGUUCCGAAGGCAGGAGUGUCGAGGACGAGGCGUUGGCAUUGGCCGCCGGAGAAUUGGAGGGACUACGUGCUGCUGGUGUAGUAGCAAGAUCAGCUGAUACACUGCUCGAUCAGCUGACACAUCUGCGGCAGGCGCUCGACACCGCGCUCGACUCCCGCCAUAGACACCAGCCAGUUAUGGAGACGGAGGAACGCGGGGCGGAACUAGCGGACUUGCAAGAGCAAGUGAUCAAACUAAAGUCGCUGUUGUCGACGAAGCGCGAACAGAUCGCUACGUUGCGAACGGUACUCAAGUCGAACAAGAACACAGCGGAGGUGGCGCUCGCGAACCUGAAGUCGAAGUACGAGACAGAGAAGACGAUAGUCACCGAGACUAUGCUCAAGCUGCGUAACGAGUUACGUUUGCUGAAGGAGGACGCCGCUACGUUCUCCAGUUUGCGCGCAAUGUUUGCGGCUCGAUGCGAGGAGUACGUGACCCAGGUGGAUGAGCUGACGCAGGCGCUCGCUGGGGCGGAGGAUGAGAAGAAGACCCUCAACCAACUGCUGCGGCUAGCCGUGCAGCAGAAGUUGGCGCUCACGCAACGUCUAGAGGAAUUAGAGGUGGACCGCGAGAUGCGAACUCGUCGCGUGCCCAAAGCGGGGGGCGGGGGCAGGGCACGGGGGCGUGACUUCUAGCGACUGGUAGCCGCGCUCAAGGCCGCCGCCGCCGCCCUGCGCGCGCUUUUGCACCACGCCCCUCCCACACGCCCCGCCCCCCACGCACGCCCCGCCCCCGACAAGCCGGACCGCUGCCUGCUGGUCGGGUAAACAUUACCACUCGUCUUACACGCCUCCAGUAUAUCCCUCCACAGUGUUGACAAACUAGGGAGUCCACUGACGUAAUAUGGCCUUGGCGAUUAUACGAUUUAAAAUACGUUCACCUACUUUUGAUGACCAUGCCACAAAAUCACACCGAAGUCUGUUGGUCGGUUAAAUAACGAAAUAGAUUGACGCUGCAGUGUUUCGAUGUCGUCAAAAAUACGAAGUGGAGAAUUAAAGCUGACUGCAACCAACUCUAGUGACGUCAUAACGUUUUUAUGACUUAACGAGUCGACACGUGCGUGGGGAUGAGGCGACGAAAGCAGAUUAUAUUUUAUUCGGGUAAAUCGAAUGACUGAUCUCUACACUUAUCUAUGCGGUGUCGACAAAACUGGGGAGUGAAAAGUUGAUGCGGACGGUGACGAACGCUGUGUUGUAGUGAUUUGUGACGUCAUAAUGUUAUGGUGAAAAUGAGUUCUACUAGCGUCACGACGUUAUCUUUCGUCGCGUUAAAGCAAAUUUAAUGCAAGAAAAAUCGGAUUUCCGAGGAUUUGGAGACGGAAUAGAGCUGCAAAAAUAUAACGUGAUUUUUCACACCAUUCAAAGUGUGACGGAAUGAAACGAUUUCGGUAGUCUUAUAAGAAGGGCGUUUGUUGUUAUUAAAAUUAUAAGGUUAAAAUGAACGAGAGUCAAAAUUAUGGAUAUUACGCUCGAUGGUUUCGAUAUUGCGAAUCAUUUGCGUGGCCUAUUCUGAAAGUUUGACAGUACACGUUUUUUACGCGGUUUCGAUUCGAUUUGUUAAAAUUUAUGAAUUUUAUUUAACCUGUUAUUUCAAUUUAAAUUGUCCAUGUUAUUAGAAUCGACGGUUACAUCGCAAGAUUGGUGUUGGAGAGGGGGGUUGUUAUUCAAUCAAAACAGUUAACGUAGAGUACGUAUUACUUACGACUACCUUCGAGAUGAACAUACUGACAUGAAUUGCCAGAU